AUGGACGUGAACAGAGACCAAGAAAUUCAAGAAUCAAACCCACAAAAAAAUAAAGAACCAACAAACCUCACAACAAAGAGUAAAGAGGAUAUACAAGUCGAUAAGUACACAAUUAUGUUACUGAAAGAAAAAUGGGAAAAAGUUGAAACACUUUUAAAAAGAAGAAAUAAUUUAAAUUUAAUAAAUAUCGUAAUGUCAUCAUUUGUUAUUCUGUUUGGAAUAGCAUUGCUUUAUAUGUUUUGGAAAAAAAAUAUCAGCGACACGGUUCAUAUUAUAACAUCAAGUGUUCUUGCUAGUAGUGGAGCUUUGGCUCUUUUAAAUAUCCUUGGCCAAAAGUGGAAACAAAAUAAGGAUAAUGUUACUUCAUUGGUUGGAGUUGCUAAAAAGAUUCCGCUUCCAUCUGAUAAAGUAUUUAUGCCAGCGUUGUUACAAAUACCUGAUGAACUCAUAAAUGAUAAGCUAGUUGGAAAGUGCAAAGAUUAUUUAAGGUAUUUAGAUCGUAUCAAAGACCUUAUUACCAUUGAAAAGAGGAGCAGUGUACAAAUGUUGAAUUAUACUAUAGAACUUCCUGAUCAUACUAAUCAUAUGAUGAUUUUUUAUACUUUAAAAUUUAUAUUUUUAAAACCUACAAUAGAAGUAGUUGCAGCAAUUUUGUCAUAUUAUUACGCUUUAUCGAAAAGAUUAUAUUUAAUUGAUGAUAAAGAUUUUACUCUGGAUGAUUAUAGUAGAGUAAGUUUCUUUGGAAAUGAUGAAGCUAUGAAAAAAUAUAAAAUUCUCCCGAAUGAAGAAACUAAUACGAGCAUGAGUUCUUAUGACACACAACUCGAAGAGGAUACAAAACAAAUUUAUGAGGAAAAAGAUAUUAGUACACAAAACCUGGCCGAAAAACUUGAAUUUG